AUGGCAAAGCGGAAAAUACUCUUAGAGCCAUUCAGACGCGCCGCACUUCGGAUACCUUUCUUGUACCAGAAGAUAUCCUCUGCCAGUCCUAUAAAUGCCCUCAUUUCCGUCCGCUCUUCUAUUACAUCUUUUGCAGUCAUACAAUUAGCUGGCACAGUUGAUUGGACGAUAGCUCAACGAGAUGCUCUCAUCGCCUGGACCGGACACUCCUUAAAUGUUAAGCCUAUGUUUAACAGAGAAUUAAGCCUGUUUCACUGGGGUAGCUCAAAAAUCACUGGCCGGGGCCUUUUAGCGGUAGUUGGGAAGGGUCAGGUAUAUUCAAUCAGCUUGAAAGCUGGGGAACAAUAUAUUGCUCAUCCAUGUAAUGUGGUGGCAUAUACCAUCCAACCAUACUGGCCACGACCGUUUCGAUUCAAGUCGACAUCUCUGCGAUUUCAAAUACCGAGCUUCAAUAUAAGUGGCUUGCUUAUGAAGUCUAAUUUCCUAAGCAAUCUAGCGGAUUCGGACUCAUGGAAGGCAGCUAUGCGAAUUUUUCAUGCGAUUCGCACAUGGGCGAGAAGGACUAUUUGGGGUGAUAGGCUGUUUUUACAGUUUGAAGGGCCUGCCACGAUCAUAAUCCAGUCACGCGCUUCUCGAUUAAACGAAUCUUUAACAACUCGGGAAGUUAAUGAAAUUGCAAAUGCCCAGCCGGGGGUUACUAGGAAUGUCUUGAACACGAUCAACGAUAACUUGGAGAAAGAUUUGGUUCCAUCCAGGAAAGAAGAUGGAACGAAGACUGUUGGUGAAAGUUUUGCAACUAUUAAUCGAGAUGGUAAGGUCGAAUUUAAGAAAUCCGACGAUGCCUAA